UUUGCUGAAUGUAUCAACUCCUACGGGCCCAUCUUGCUGCGGGUCUGGCAUGGCAAGGUCAUAGUCAUCACCGGCAGACACCAGAAAGGAGGUGGUCUGCCAGCGGAUCGCCCUCGUAUGGUUGCAGCAGGAGAAAUUUCGUCUUGUGGGCUGCGCAUGACCCUUGCACCCGCAGGAGAGCAUUUCUGA